AUGAAUAUUUGUUCUUUUAUUUUUUUAUUUACUGUUAUAUUAAGUGUGUUACUUGCAGCAAAAGAGAAUAACCAUAAAAAGGAUUUAUAUGAACAUGAUAAUAAAAACAGUUAUAGUUCUUCUCAUAAGAGAACUACAAGUGUAAAAUGUGCCACAAAAGAACCAGUAUAUCAUGAAUUCUCAAAAGAUGAUAACGUACAUGAUAAUUUUGUAAAAUAUAAUGAAGGAGAAAACCAAAAUAAUUUGGAUAAAGGGAGAAGUCAUAAAAAAUAUUCAAAAAAUAAGUUAAAUAAUAAGAAUUCAGAAGAUAUAUCUGAAUCGGUUAAAAGUGAAGAACUGUGUGAUUAUAAAAAUAAUAUGAUGAAGGAAUGUAAUGUAACUUCUUCAUCAAAACAUAUAUUAAAAACAACUAGUAGGAUGACUAGAUUUAAGAAUAAAUUAUAUAAAAUGAUUUUUAAAAGAAAUAAAUUUUGGAGAGUUAUAUCAGGAAUCAUUACUGUUUUGGGACAGAGUGCUAUAAUCUGUGAGAUUAUAAUGGUUAUAGGAGUUAUUCUCAUACGUGCUGGUUUAGGGGCUACAACGUUAAUUAUUGCAUCUGGAGGUGUCUUUGGAGCUAUUAUAUUAUUAAUAAUAUUAUUAAUGGUUGUAGUUUUUAUUCUCGUUACAUGGUUAUGGUCACAUAAAGAUAUAUAUUAUGAAACACUUGAAGAAUAA